AUGGAAGACAUUUUGGAUGAUCCAUCGCGCAUAUUUAAUGGUGACGAAAGCGGUUUCUCAAUGUGUCCCAAAUCUGGCAAAGUCAUCGCUCCGAAAGGCUUCAAAAAUGUCUAUGAAAUAAAAAUGGCAUCUGAGAAAGAAACGAUAACCGUGCUGGAGGUAAUUUGUGCCAAUGGAGAAAUGCUUCCCAUGGUAAUUUUUCCAUAUUUAAGACCACCAAGAGAUAUAAUAAAUAGUAUGCCUGAAAACUGGAUCCUCGGCCGGUCUGAAAGCGGAUGGAUGCGAAGCGAGACAUUUUUUGAAUAUGUGGGUAAUGGAUUCCAUAACUACCUGAAUAUUAAAAACAUCAAAAGGCCGGUGAUUUUGUUUAUCGAUGGACAUAAGUCGCACUUAACAAUGGAGUUAAUUGAAUUUUGCAAUGAGCACCAAAUUGUACUCUAUGCACUACCACCAAAUACAACGCAUAUUAUGCAACCAGCGGAUAAAAGACUUAAAACUUCUGAAAAUUUGGCUCAAACCAUACGAAAUGGUUUUCGUAAAUCCGGCUUGUUUCCGUUUAACCCUAAUGCCCUGGAUUACUCGAAAUAUGUGAGCACCAAUUUAAAAAAUCUUCAAGAGAAUGACGUUUAUGAAGAUAAUGAACUGCGAACUGAGAAAUUUAAAAUCGCAUCUGAGGUUAUUUUAAAUCUAGAGUCACAAUUGCGCGAUAGGGGAUUAGAUCCAAAUGCAAUCUUGGACGUUAUUGAUACAGCUAAGCGUGGUGUUGAAACACAAAGUAUCGUCAUUCCCAAUAUUUUAAGCACUCCGGGCGCACAAAAAAGGUUUUAA